AUGUUUGCAAAAAACAAUCAAACACAACAUGAAAAUGCAACUUCCACAUCAACCCAUUCGUCAACGUUAACAACAUAUGAUAUUCUGUCAUUGCUUAUAUUGGUGUUGGAGACUGUUGUUGGUAUCCUGGUAAACGGUUUCAUAAUGAUUGUAAAUUUAAUUGAUCUGGUGACCCACAGAAAACUGGGUUCCUGCGAUUCAAUCCUCGCUUGCCUUGGUCUAGCUCGAUUUUCUUUUAUGUUGCUGGUUUUGGCUGUGUACUUUGUGUCUUACCUGUAUCCCAAUCUUGCAAACUCUCAGAGUGCAAUAAACAACUUGCAGUAUACAUGGCUGUUUUUCAAUGACAUUUGCAUGUGGCUUGCCACUUGGCUCUGCAUUUUUUACUGUGUACGAAUAGUGAAAAUUCAAGUACAUAUUUAUGUCAUAUUUAAGACUCAUUUUGAUCACUGGGUCCCUUACUUCUUGUUGGCAAGUGUUGCGAUCUCGGCAUUCUGCAGCAACUCUUCUACAUAUACCUGCCUAAACAAUUUUGUCAACUUGAGCAAGUUUGAUCAGGUCAAUAAAUCAACGCAAUUCAUUUUAGGUGGGUCAGACUACUCAACCUUCUCUACCCUUUCUGUGGUGGGGACCCUUCCUCCAUUUCUUCUGUUCUGCGCUGCAGCUGGACUGGUGGUUGGCUCUCUUUUAAGACACACAACAAAGAUGAAGGCGCAGGAGAAGACGGGGUUCAGGGAGCCAUCAUUAAAUGCCCAUUAUAGAGCUGUUAAAAUGAUGACUGCCUUCUUCAUUUUAUUUUUAUUUUACAUGGUGGCAUUCAAUCUAAAUUCCUCAGGAGUGCUAAGCGAAGGCAUAUGGUUUUGUUUUUGCACUAUCAUCAUUGGAGCCUAUCCUUCUUUACAUUCUAUUCUGCUUGUCAAUGGAAACCAAAAGCUCAAACAAGUUUUUAUGAGGAUUCUACAGAAGACAAAAUUCUACAAACAAGAUCUAACUCCUACAGAGACGCUCUCUGAUUAA